UCUGAUUCAUAAAACAUAAAAGCAAUCAUAAGACUGUUCUUGUUGAAGACUGUCUAGACUUAUAGAACGUUUAAUAUUAUUUUUUGUAACCUACAGGUUCCUAUUUUAUAUCUGUUUUCAGGCUGUUACAGCAGUAAAAGAUGGGUCUUUCUAUAUACAGAUCAUAUCUGGGAAAAAGCUGUAGCAGUAUCGGACAAAGUUUUUGUAUGUAGAUCACCCAACAGUCUGUGGGAUAUCAAGAUGAAAAAAUCAAAUAAGCCAACAUGUAAACCUGGUCUGAGUGCACAAUCAGGGAAAUCUAAUGUGACUAAAUAUACUCAAUGAUACUGUUUCCACUGAUAUGUGUGGAGAAGUUGACAGUUACAUGUGGAGUAUGAGACAAGAAGAUAUUGAGAAAAAGACAGAAAUGUGUAAAGGAGUUAAGGAAUGUGCAUCUUGAAAUCAGGCAAAAUGACAGGCAACCUUGACUCACAUAACACAUCAACAAAUUGGCUUCCAGACACAUCAAUUAAGUAUGCCAGUAUGUCAAAGGUCACAGACUGGUGGCAAGGAUACCUUAAGUAUCAGGUUCCAAAGAGUGUCCGCCGAAAAAUGCUCAUCUUCUUGUUUAUUGUUGCCAUUUGCUGUAUAACGCUUAUAUACUCGUGUUUUAAUUGUUAUGUCAUAUGUUCAGGAACAUGUAAUGUGCUAAGCAUAAAGCCGGACUUAAUGACUCAAAAUGCACAAAAUAUCACCCGUCUUUCUUCCAGUCAUCUCAAAACUAGUCAACGUCUUCCAUCAUGUAUCAUUAUCGGGGUUCGUAAAGCAGGUACAAGAGCUCUCCUCCAAUAUCUCGACUUGCAUCCUAGUAUUGUUGCUAGCGCAAAAGAACAACACUUUUUCAACACAGACAGGUAUAAGCUUGGCUUAGAGUACUAUCGUAAAGAGAUGCCACCUAGUUUGGAGGACCAGAUUACCCUUGAGAAAACUCCGGCAUAUUUCUCUGAUUUGAUGACUCCAGAACGUAUCUACAGAAUGAAUAGCUCAAUAAAACUGUUAAUAAUAGUGCGGGAGCCAGUUACUCGCCUCAUUUCUGAUUACACACAACUUAAAUUUGUUAAAGGACAAAGAAACAAAGAAAUUGAAGAAUUUGAAGAUCUAGUACUUGAUGAAAAUGGAGAAGUUAAUACAGGGUAUAGACCUGUUCAAAGAUCUAUGUAUUACCACUACUUUGUGAACUGGUUGGAGUUUUUUCGUCUGGAUCAAAUUCAUAUAACUAAUGGAGAUGCUUUGAUAACUAAUCCUUACCCAGAGCUGUACAAUAUAGAAACUUUCCUAGGAAUUCCUCACAAGUUUUCACAACAAAUGUUUUAUUUUAAUGCAUCAAAAGGAUUUUUUUGUAUGAGUAAGGAAUCGUUAGAAACACCAUGUUUGAGUGAUACUAAAGGACGGCCACACCCAAAAGUAGAUCCAGAAGUUCUGGAAAAAUUGUAUGACUUCUUCAGACCAAGAAAUAAAUUAUUCUUUAUCCAAGCAAAACAGACAUUUGAUUGGCCGUAGGUAAAAUGGACAUGGACUUCAUGAAAUUGUUAACACAUUGGAUUUUGCUUGAUAUUACAUAGAUAUUAUUUAUAAAAGAAAAAUUAUUUGCAUCAAUAAUUUAUUUAGAUUGUGUCUGAUAUUGUAUGUCCAGUUUUGACACAAUCUUUUUCAAGUACAACCCUGGUCAUAAAUGUUGGAUUUUAGUAUGGCCACAUUUCUAAAUAUAGAUCAGACAAUAGUAUAGAGAGGUAAACUGAAGAAUAUCUAAGGAAUACAAAAUACUGAUUUUGCCAAACACAUAGACAAUUCACUAGUGGAUGUUCAGUCUGCAGUUUAAACAAUUUUAAAAUAUGGGAUGUGACUCUUGCAAUAUAUGGUGUUCUUUUUUAUGUCUCUUUGGCAUAUUGUAAGAUGUUGUGUCAGUUAAAUGAGAAGUGAGGCUGCUGGAUUUGAAUCCCUUGCCCCUCAUGCCUGUAGGUUUGAAUCCUGUCAGGAACUUUGGAUUAUUUUAAGUGAGGAAUGUAUCUAGCUGGUUGGUGGUUUUUCUCAGGUGCCCACUAGCGACUUAAAUAAUCCAUAAUUCAAGUUGGGCAUCUGAUGUCUUCCACCACUUAGCUAAAAUGUCACACUGUGACCUUUAUAGUGUCAGUGCCAGUUAAAACCAAACCAAAGAUAAUUUAUUUAAAUGCAAAAUAAUUAUUUAUUGUAAAGUUUAUAAAUGUUUCCUUAUGGACCGCACUAUUACAAUCUUUGUUAAAGAUUUAUCUUUUUAGCUCACCUGAGCUGGGUGAACUUUUAGGAUCAUUGAUUGUCAGUCAUCUGUCCUGAUGUAGUUCAUUAACACACUAGUGGUCAAUUUUUUUUUGCCUCCAUUGUCAACAAACUUGGUAAGGAUGUUUAUUCUCAGACAAGUUCAAACGAGGGUCAUCUCGAAUGAAAAACUAGGUCAAGCAAGCCAAAUAUAGACAUAUCUUGUUUACAUUUUAAAGGCAAUUUUUUCAGUCCAAAUAUCCUGGGAAUUUGUUAGAAAGUUGUUUUUAUGAAUUCUUGCUGAAGUUUGAAUGGGUCAAAAACCAAAUCACACACAAAAAAUAUGGAAAAUUCUUGGCUACUAUUUUGGCCCAAAUGUGCUUGAAAUUUAUCAGAAAGGCUGAAUUAUAGCUUCAAAUAUGGGUCAUGUGGGAUCAAAAACUAGGUCACAGUCCAAGUAUUGAAAAACCAUGUUAACACUUCAGAGGCUACUGUUUCAGUCUACAUAUCAAAGGUUCCUUGUAUUGAAUUCUAGCGCAAGUUUGAAUAUGGAUCAUCUGGCAUGAGAGACUAGAUCACAUAGCCCAAAUAUGGAAAAACCUUGUUAACAUUCGUGAGGUAAUAUUUUCAGCCUAACUUAUAAUUCCUGAAAUGGGUAUGAAAGAUUGUUUUGAAGAUUUCUAGCUUUAAAUAUUGGUUGUCUGGGGUCAAAAAAGGUCACACAGCCCCAAUAUGGAAAGAAACCUUACUAACACCCUGCUUUUUCAGCCAAACAUAUCAAAAUUCAAUUUAUUAAUGUCAGUAUAGGGGUGUCCAUGACAGAGUGGUUUAUGGAAUAUCUAAUUUUUUUACUCGAGUGUCUGUGCCUGAAAUAAGACAGAAAUGGUCACCUGAGGUCUUCCUCCACCAGUUAAGCAGGAAAAAGAUAUAAAAAAUUUCCAUACAACCAUUAGUGUGUUGGUGCACUUAUAAUCACUCUAUAUCACUUCAUUAACAUUUAAUAUAGUAAUUGCGUACACAAAAGAUUGUGACAAAAAAAUAAAAAUGACAAAGUUUUUAUGAAGUAAAAAUCAUGAUUUAUGUAAGAUUACUGUGAUGACAGCACAGUAAAGCAAAAACUAAUUGUCAUGCCUUUUGGUGCAACACUUAAAUACAUUAAAUUCUUAUAUACAGUAACAGAAAUAUUUUGUGGCUUUUGAAGACAAAGUUACAUGUAUUUAUAUUUUGCUCUUGUACAUAACAAUUAUAGGAAGGUAUUUUUACUAAUACUUGUGUUAAUUUUCCAUUUGGAAAGAUUUGUAGAUAGUAGUUUACUUAUGAACUCUGUGAGUUUGAUUAUGAUGUUAAUUGUCUAUAAUAUAGAUGAUGUAUUGAUAUAUUUAUCCCCCACACCUUUACAGUGGGAAGGAUUUUUUGUUUGUUUAUUUUUUGCUAUGUCAUGUCAGUAGGUAGAUUAUUAAUUUUCAUUUCUUCUGAAAAAAUACUUCUUAGUGCAAUUUCAUUUAAAUAUUGAAGACAGGGCCAAUCUUCCCAGUAUGAUUGUUUGUUGUCAGUGGAAGAUACUUAGCAACCGCUAGUCACAGUAGAGAGUCUGUAAUUCGUUAUAAAGAAAUUCUUUUAAGCUCAAACUCAGAUCUUCGGUAUUUGAUUGGUCAGAAACUGUCGCAGAAUUAAAAUCCAAAGAUAUGAGACAGAGCUAAAAAGUUUUAUAACCACGAGACCAGGUGCAAUACUGUCUGUAGCCCAAUAUUUGAAUUUUGCUAUGGAUAUCCCUUAUACAUGGUCAGUUUCAGAUUCAAAUCUGACAUUAGUUCAGUAAAAGUAAACUCUAAGCAUCAAAGGUUAUUAUAGAUGAAUAUCUUUUUAUGGAUGUCUUGUUUUUUUCACACAACUUUUGUUGGUUGACAUGUUCCUUUUACUAAUGAAGUUGUAUAAUAAUGCUGUUAUGUUGUAAUAUACGGGUAAUGUUAGUGUUUUAGAUCAAAGACAUCUCUCUUACAAAGUGUAUAAAGCUAUAUAUCUGUUGUCUAUAGUUUACAAAGUUUUAUUUUUUUUAUAAAUUCCAAAAUAUGACAGAUAUUAUUAUUGAAGAUCUUGUUUUGGAAGCUUUUAAUCUUUUUAUGUACAAUAUUUAUGUGUGUUAAAUAACAGAAACAUUGUAUGAUAUAACUCUUGUGAGAAUCUUCCAUACAACAUAAUUUUCCCGUUUUAAAUUUUUUACAUAAUAUUUCAUCAGAUAUAGCUUUAUUCACUAAUAGGAGCCUAAUACCAAUAUAUUUAUUAUAUUAUACAUGUUUAUUUUUUCUUACUGAAGGGACUCAGCUGAGGUUUUUUGACAUAAUAAGACUGGAAAUAUUUUUUCUAAAUUUGUAUACCAAUUAUUGAGGGAUCUGGACCAAUAAGUAGAGUAAAAAUUUUUGUGGUCAUUCCCUCACCCUAUAUUUCUGGAUAAAUCAUGUUUAUUCCACAAAAUAACCCAAAAAUGAAGUGUUGCAAUACAGUUAAGAUUCUCACAAAAAUCGAUUUUCAGUUUAAUUCUACAUAUAUUUUUUAUUAUUUUUUGCAGGGUUUUUAAUUUUAAGUGCUUCACUAAGUCUUGAU